AUGAUCAGAGGACUCUACGCUAGAAAAAAAGCAGCGUGCAGUUUGCACCCCUGGCUACCAUGUGUUUCACCGGUUUUCGCAGUCGUUUGUGUUGCUUCUGCCGGAAACGGCCCAAGGAAGGAAGUGAAAAUCUACUACUUCAAUCUUCGAAAGGAAGUGAAGGAGGGAAAAGAAUCAAAACAGAAGAAGGAGAAGAUGGCAGUCAUGACCCCAUCCCCCAACAAGAUCCAUUGGCAGGAAAGCCCAAGCCCAGAGUGGAUGGAGACUACAGAGACCGACGUGCCCGAUGAGAAGAUGAUCUUCUGGCUUUAG